AUGCAAUUGUGGACCUGGCUCACCGAGCCGAAUUCGCAUGCACAACGCAAGUUCAUCGAGCUUAUAUUCGACCGAACUGGAAAGUAUCCCAACUGGGAUCCACCCUCGGAAAUUCCAGUUGGGUCAUACGGAAGGAUCAACAGAGCCACCGGCAACUUGGAUAUCCAAGGCUCCAUCUACUCAGACGAUUUCAAACCGCUUCUUAUCAGUGCAGGUAUCGACCCCGGAUCUAACAUACAUCGUCCCAAAGACUGUCCUGAAGAGUCUGAAUUUACGACUUGGUCUAAAAACGUCAGGAGACUCGAAUUGAACGUCAAUUCUCAUGCAGGUGUACCUGGAAUUGCCACAGCUAGUAUCAAAGGAACAUGGCAGGUCAAGAAGGGGUCCACUGGCGCUGUCUUACUCAUGAAUAAACCUCGCAUAAAACAUAUUACUUCAGAGGUCCUCGGGAAACUUGCGGGCAUUGAGCUCCUUCAAUCCAUGCACCUUGUUACCAAGGUCUUUUAUUGUCCUGCCUUCUCAUUGUAUCUCUCAGAUAAAAGUGCAGGCGGAGAGAAUAUCAGCAUUGCUCUUCUAGCUUCCGCCCCCGCUGUGGCGCCCGUGGGCACCCUGGAAGCGAAGGCUACGAUGAAAUGGUGGAGUGACACGCAAGCUGGAUUAGCACGCAACGGAUGCAAGACGGAGCAUUGCUUCACCCCUCUGUAUGAACUCUUACAUGUUAGGCACCCCCGCAACAGGCGGACAUCACUAUCGCCAGUACGCACAGGCGAACAAUUAUGGAUUGCCCCUCCCCUCCCGUGGGCGCCUCUCGAUGAGGAGGGAAAUGAGGUUCCGGUAUACAUCAACGAGAACACGGAUAGCGAUACCAGUGAACCUGAGGAGGAAUAA